CAAGUCCAACCCUGAUUAACCUAAUCUCAUACAUGUCACCUUAUCCCCAAUCAUGCGGUUCAUAAAAUACCUCCUCCUAGCCGCAUUCACCAGCACAGCCCUCUCCCUCGACCCCAACCGCCCAGCAACAUACCUACAGACCGUAACCAACGGGGCAAAAACCAUCCAGCAAGCACUAGAAAACUACAAUGGCGGAUUUAUAGAAAGCGUCAAGCUAGCCAGCACCAUCCAAAAAGCGCACGAGGCGUCUGUGGCUACGCGCAAGAUCAUGGAAGGCUAUGAGCGGUUUUCUGAUGCUGAUGGAAGACAUACGAUUGAUGAGUAUCAUAAAUUGCAUCCGCAUGUUAUUGAUGGGUUGAGGAUUGUUGAGGAAAAGGUUAGUACUAGCCAAACUAUAAGUUAUGCAUAUGGUUAAUUCGUUCAGGCUGCUGUCUUUCAUAGUGCUGGAUAUAUGGAUAUAGCGCAGAAGCUGCUUUUGGGCUGGCAUGCUGAGAAGAAUAAGCUGAAAGAUGUGAUGAAAGAGAAGCUGUUAGAGGGACAUUUUGAUGAA